AUGCGGAAUCGAUCGUCUUCAACGCAGCAGGUCACUAGUGCGUUUCCACUGAGCGGUACGGUACGGAUCGGGUCUGUUAACCAAAGGUGUGAAAGGCCGUGUCCACGCCCCUGGAAGCAUGUGACUUCUCCUGGCCUCCAGCUCGACGUGCAAAGGAAACUGUUCGGACAGCACAUCGCGUCACGCAUCAUCCUGAAAGCUGUGACCGGAUUCAUUAACAACAACAACCGCAAGAAGCCCCUGGUGCUCUCUCUGCACGGAUGGACCGGCACCGGGAAGAGCUUUUUUAGUCAGCUGAUUGCUGAUAACAUUUACAAAGAGGGAAUGAAGAGCAGCUUUGUUCAUUUUUUUACAUCAGUACACUUCCCAUAUUUGACUCAAGUUGAUACCUACAAGUCUCAGCUCCAGCAGUGGAUCAAAGGCAACGUCACCAACUGUGGACGCUCCAUGUUCAUCUUUGAUGAGAUGGACAAGAUGCAUCCUGGCUUGAUUGACGGCAUAACGGCGUAUCUUGACUACAACCAAAUGCUAGAUGGAGUUUCUUAUGGGAAAGCCAUCUUCAUCUUCCUCAGCAAUGCUGGAGGGGAGGAAAUUACAAAGGCCACGUUAGAUUUCUGGAAAGCAAGACGAGAUCGAGAAGAGCUUGAGCUAAAAGACCUGGAAACAGCGCUCUCUAAAUCAGUGUUCAACAACAAGCAAAGUGGUUUGUGGCAUUCAGGUCUGGUCGAUGGGAACCUGGUGGACUUUUUUGUCCCCUUUCUGCCUCUGGAGUACCGGCACGUCGUCCAGUGCGUCCUGGCCGAGAUGAAAGCCAGAGGAAUUCCACCCGACCAAAACGUAGCAGAACGGGUGGCCAAAGAUUUAGUGUAUUUCCCAAAAACUGAGGGAGUGUUCUCUUCCAAAGGAUGCAAGACGAUAUCCAGCAAGUUGGACUACUACGCAUAAUGUCGGCGUCCGAUGAACGCUGACUUUGACUCAAAUUGUGCAGUUUAAAAAACAAAACUUUUAAAUCAUACUACAUAUCUGAAUGGUUGAGUAUCCAUUCACUUUGAUUUAAAAUGUAGCUUAAUGUUAGAGCCAGUUUCUUUGUCCGCUCCCAGCUUCGAUGAUGGGUCCACAAAUGCACCGUGUGAAAAAAAUGUUUUUAAAGGACUUAUAUUUUGUUUAAAAUGUGAGUGGGAGGGUGUAGGGAAAUGGAUUGAUUUUCUAAAACCACAAAAUAAAGUUAUUAUGCUGUAAGACUGCUUCUAGUUCUCUGCAGGUGGAGGAGCUUUAAGUGGAAUGUGAAACAAUGUUAGUGUGGAUGGAAAUCUAAUAAAACAUGACAUUUUCUUGCUGUCACCAUGACUGUUGACAAUCUAAACAUAAAGCUGCACCUUGAUGAGCUGCUUACUGAGGAAAGUAGAUCCUGAAAUUCAGGUUCUAUGUUAUCAACCCUAAAGAAGCCCUUUGUGCUCCCUCUGCACGGAGGAAUUAGUUAGUUUUCAACACAACAAAGUUUAAAGUAUUGCAUGAUCUGUAUUUUUUUAAUGUGGUUCAUUUCCACACAAGAUGUACCUCUGCUAUAACAUGGCUCUGAUGAUGUUAAAAGAGAAAUUCUCUUUACUUAACAUCCAUACAUAUAAAUCUUUCUAUAAUAAUGCAUCGUUUUAAUGUGUAGAUAAUAGUUCCCCUUGGACGUUUACUCUCCCCAUUAUUGGGAAUAUUAUAGUUAUCUCAUAACUAACGUCAAAUAAAAGAGUGCUAACUAUUUGUAUUCUUCCAAUAAUCUUAAAAACCCUCUUUAUUCCAGAAUUCCAAGGUUAGUACUCAAGCUUUUGUUUCACAAAUCUAUGAUCAGUUUGGUUUUGACCUGCGGAUGAGAUUUAUGUCUCGUUAGAAGCUGCCCGGUUUCCCAGGAGCUCGAUCUGCAUUUUACUUUCAUAUGAAAUGUACAACUGAACAGGUAUUGCUUCAGAUAUUUGUAAUCAGAUUGGUCCACAUCAGGAUAUUAGCAACUGUGCUACAGUUAUU